UUUCCUUUUUUGCUUCAGUUAAAAAUUUGAUGCACCGAACAGAGAAACAAAGAAAGAGAAGAUGGGUAACACAAGCAGUGACCGUGCAGCAAUGGACCGCCAAGGGGUUCACAAAACCGUCCGGAGGGACAGUACUGGCAGCGCUAUUCAUGCCAAAGAGCAUGACCGACCAAAGAUCCUGAUGGAUAGCCCAGAGGAUGCUGACAUCUUUCAUGCUGAGGAAAUCAAAGUAAUGGCCCCACUGGCGAAGGAGUACUUUGCCUGGCAACAAGACUUAGAGGUUUCUGACAAAAUCUCCAAACACGCUCGUCCAACAGUGUUUCGAUGGAAAGGAGGUGGGAAGGAAGUCUUUAUUUCUGGGUCCUUUAAUGGAUGGACCAACAAAAUCCCACUUACCAGAAGUCACAAUAACUUUGUGGCAAUUUUGGAUCUCCCAGAGGGUGAGCAUCAAUAUAAGUUCUAUGUGGACGGCCAGUGGACCCAUGAUACGUCAGAGCCCAUUACCACCAGUCAGCUUGGUACCAUCAAUAACGUUAUCCGGGUGGCCCAGACUGAUUUUGAAGUGUUUGAUGCACUGAUGGUGGAUUCACAGAAAAGCUCAGAUGUGUCAGAUCUGUCAAGCUCUCCCCCUGGCCCGUACCACCAGGAUCCCUAUGUGUACAAACCUGAGGAGAGGAUUAAAACACCACCUAUUCUGCCACCACACCUACUUCAGGUUAUUCUGAACAGGGACACGGGCAUUUCAUGUGACCCUGCGUUGCUACCAGAACCAAAUCAUGUCAUGUUAAACCACCUGUACGCUCUGUCCAUUAAGGAUGGUGUUAUGGUGCUGAGUGCUACCCAUCGCUACAAGAAGAAGUAUGUCACAACUCUCCUCUACAAGCCCAUAUGACCUGUCACACCAUAUCAUUCUGUCCUCCAAUCAGGAAGCUCCAUUCCUUCAGCAAUCAAUCACCAGUUCUUAUCCCAGAUGUGCUCAUGAGGACUGAAUGGAAUUGUAAUUUCUGGAACCUUCUUCAGCAAUCAAUAACUUGCUUCACUUCCUGCUUCCUGUCUAUAAAAGGGAAAUCUAUAAUCUGAACCCAGACAGAGUAUCUCUCCUGAUGGUCCCUCAGACUGAAGUGACACUAAAAAGCUAGAUCCUAACUGCGAAUCCAUAGCUCUAACUGCAGCAUCUCUGACUCCCAUUUCAAUAAUGUACAAGUUCCUUCACCCUCAGAGUGCUUUGUGGUAUUUUGAAUCGCCAACCUUGGAUUCUGUGUAAGGAGGAGUCACUGGAGUCACCAUCCUACAUCGAUUUCACAUCAUCUUCCAACAUGUCAAAGUUCUAGGAUGAGAGCCUUGCUAACAAACAUUUGGUUAGAUUGGGAUACUAAAUAAGAAACUUUCAGGUUAAUUAAGGGAACAAAAGUGUGUGAAUUUUAAUGUACUGGAGAAUGGCUGGGAAUUUGUGUUUUUUUUGACAUUCGUGGGUCCACUCUCUGUAUUCCACAGUGCUCACUGUACGUGCUCAUGGUAUAUGGCAAUGACCAGAUUUUCCUGUUGGGGUUAUGGAAUCUCCAUUCUGUCCCUGCUGACGGCUGGGGGAUAGGAGGAUUCAGUGAUUUGGAUGUAGCCUUUGGUAUAGUGACGUACUGUACUUCACUGGGCAAUCUCCUGUCAUGCAAUUAUAUUCAUAAAAAUGCUGCUGUAAUUCUCCCAGUCAAUGAAAGUUUCUUGAACAGCUUUAAUUCCAUCUCCUCAGCCCAUCACUACCUUGGCCUAAGGGAUCACUCUUUAUGUAAACUGUUGUGACAAUGAAUUUGGCUGCUUUCUUCAUGUGCACCAGUUACCUGGAGACAUGGAGUGCCAUUAUUCAAAUGCUGGUAUUGGGUUCUAACCAAUAUGUUCAAAUCAAAACUAAGAAGUAUGGGCAUCCCUUUCUGCAGAGAAUUAAACUGUGCCAGUCCAACAGCUCUAUCAGUUAAAAUCAAAACAAAGUGCUGCAGAGAAUCAGCAGGUUUGGCAAUUUUGGUAGAGAGAGAGAGAGAGAGAGAGAGAGAAGCAGAGUUGUAAUUUUAAGCCCACUGACUCCUCUUCAAAAUCCAGUUGUCUCAUGCCCAGUUGCAACUGUUCUCCAUUUUUUUAAUAGUUUGACAAUUAAUUAAUAGCCAUCAUCUCCUACCCUUCUAACCUUAAUUUAAACAAAUGCUUCCUGCUGAAUCCCCCUCUGCAGUUUGGAAACUGUAUCCUCACUCCAUCCUUACACAUUUCGGAAGUGAUUGGAAACAACAGCUCAGUUAGUCUUUAGCCUUCUUGAGGCAAGUUUGCACCUCCUAAUCCUGUCCUUGCAGGGACAAGCUAGUUAACACAGAUGUAGAACAGGACUUGGCUGCUCUCUGCUUCAGCAUUAUAUUAGACAAGGUGUGUUUAACACAUUGGGUCAUUGGAUGACAUCCCAAAAUAAAAGCUAUUCAGCCCAUGAGCAUCCUUCUGCUUAUUCUUCUUCCCUUCACAUAUUUUGGGUAAGAACCUGACCAAGUCUAUAUCUCCUACCAGUUUGUUAGUGCCUGGGCAACUUUAAGUUCAGGGCUGCAGGAGGACUAUGACAUUGUCACCAGGUUUCUAUCUUUACCGAAUGAGAGAUUUGGGAGGACUCUGGGCCCUUGUUUGAAUGGAACAGACAGUUAUAUCAGUUACACUGCUUGGCUAUUAGCAAUUUCAGGCUUCAUGCCAAUCAGGCUCUGUCUGUUAAAUAAAUUUGAGAAGUGUCACCUAAAUCAAAUUCAUUCUACCUAUCAAGUAAUGUCAUAAAUCACUGAGAUUAGCCUGUUUUUGUUGCACUUCUUGUAACAGUGAACCUUGCAGAAGGUGGUCUGUUACCAUGGAAUUCUUUGGUUUGCUUGUAACACUGAAAUUCAAUCAAUAAAUAUCAUGAUUUGAGACCUUA